GUUGAAGCAGGUGCUAGCGUGUCGCCUGGUAACUGUAAACAGUAAUGGCUGCCAAGUGAGUGCUCUUGGAUUAGGAUACAACUAACAUAACCCUAAAAUGCUGUAAGAAGGACGCUCGUCCGUGUUUAUGACCAGCUAUUGGUAACCAACUGUCUACGAAUAAUCUGCAUACAUUAUUAAUGCGAUCGUUCGCUAUAGAGGGAUUCAUCAGAUUCUGUGACUACAACAUGCAAAGAUUUUAUAGCCUUUCUGCACGUUAGACAUAUAAGUGGUUGUCCUUUCGAUACAAGUGUUAACGGACACCAUGCCUGUCGCCCAGACCAGACUAGAGACCUUACAGGUCUGUAAACUACUACAAUGUGUUCGCAUGAAAGAAAGGGACAAGAUAGAGAAGAUGACAGUUAAUGGCAUCCCUCACCUAAUCAAUUAUAAUGAUGCCUCUGAAGGCCUGACGGCGCUGGGAGUGGCAGCUGCUGCAAAUGAUGAUGAAAUGAUUGAGUUUCUCCUGGAACUUGGUGCACACCCUGAUGUCCCAGACUUCAAAGGACGGACAGCAGCUAUGAGAGCAGCAGAGUUUGGUCAUGUCCAGUGCCUGGAGAAGUUGACAAAAGCUGGAGCAGACAUGAAGUCUAUUGAUUUAGAAGGAAAAGGUAUAUUGUUUUACUGUAUAUCUCCGACGGAGCGUCAUGCCAAGUGUUUGGAAUCAGCUGUAUUAAAUGGUGCUGAACCUAACAAUGUGUCUCGAGAAGGAAUUCCAGUUUUCAUGUUUGCAUGUGAGACAGCAGCAGAGAAUGAAGAUGCAUGCUUGUUGCUUCUUGAAAAGGGAUCCGAUCCAAAUGGCAAACAAGAGAAAACUGGAAAGACCUGUUUAAUGGCUGCUGCCUUGAGCGGCAGUGUGAAGGUUGUCCGAGCAAUCCUUGAUGCAGGUGGUGAUGUGAACGUCCUAGACAUACAGCACACACAUGCUGCUCACUACGCUGCCCUGACAGGCGGGUUUGAGGUGCUGGCCUGUAUGUCAGCAUAUGGGGCAGAGUUUGACCAAUGUAACAACAAAGGCAAUACCCCUAUACACAAUGCUGCCCUUAAUGGCCAUGCUAUGUGUUGUAAAUUCCUGUCACAAAGAGGUUGUAAUCCAAAACCAAAGAAUAAUGAUGGGGAGACAGCAAAAUCGUUAGCCAAAGAAAAGGAACACAAAGAGGCAGGGAAGGAGUUACGAAAAGCAGAGAAAUCCUUCGGAAAAGUUGGAAAAAACAACGAACCAUGGGCUAUAGUGUUAUAUGACUGGGUAAUGGAGCGUUCACAAAAACUCCUAAAUGCCUUUAAAAGAUAUGAUCCCGAUGAAAAAGGUACAAUUCAGAAGGACGAGUUUUCUGAUACUUUAGUGGGAAUGACAGCUCCAGCGGAAGAGGCAGACAUUUCAAAAGUGAUGACGCUUCACGACAAGGCAAGAGAUGGAAAUAUUGACUAUAACGACUUUUUUACCGGGAAAAAGUGGAUAAAUAAAAAUUAUCUUAUGAGUGCAUUUGAAGGCAAAAAGAAGAAAAAGAAGAAGGGUGGUAAGGGAAAGGGUAAGAAAGGUAAGUUUAAGUUGGCCAUGCCAAUUUGUACCUCGGAGGAUGGACCUCGGACAUACGGUGGUGCUCCCCCAGAGAUGUUUAUAGAAAGACAUAUACAUUUUACGGACACUGGUCGUUUUGACCGUGACAGACCUCCAAAACAUCCUCUACAAGACGACUCUGCAUGGUAUCUUCAGCAACCAGAGAAGAUGUACAUCAAUAUCAAUGAUGCGACUAAGAAUGGUGACUUUGAUUCUCUGAAGGGUGCCUUCCAAAGAGGUACUCCAGUAGAUACAAGAGAUAAAUAUUACAAAACUCCACUCAUGGUGGCAUGUGCCAUUGGAAACAUCGACAUGGUCAAGUUCCUUCUGGAAAGUGGGGCCUACAUCAAUGCCAGAGACAACUUUAAGUGGACACCUCUCCAUCAUGCCUGUCACUCGGGUCAGCUUGAUGUUGUGUCCUUCCUGUUGGACAAUGGAGCAGAGUUGGAAGCCCACACUAUGAACGGGGGCACAGCUCUGACUCGUGCAAUAGAGAGUUCUAGGGAGGGUUUGGUCACAUACCUCGUGGAUCGCGGAGCCAAACUUCAAACUGAAAAUAAGAAAGGUCAUGCUCCCCUGGACAUAGCCAAUGCAUGGGCUGACCCGCGAGUCCUUGAGUUCAUGCAGUCUAGGUGUGAAGGCUUGCCUACUGGGGAUAAGAAAGGCAAAGGGAAAGGCAAGGGCAAGGGAGGUCAGAAAUCGGCUCGGCCUACAUCUGUACCGCCCCCAGAUAAGGAGAACACCGGACCAAGUCUGUUAACAGAAAAUACAGAAAAGAUUCCAUUCAGUGCUUCGGGUGACGACCUCCCAUCGCGUCAAAGGAAGGGGUCCAUUUUGCGGGCAGCAUCUGCUCUAGCUAGCGGAGUGGAUGAAGAGGAGGACAUUACAUAUGUUCCACUUAAAGCAUGGACAAAACAGCCAACCUCUCAGGAACUAAUCCAUGAAAAGCAGGUCCGCAGAGACAGAUAUGGUUGGGAAGUGGACUUUCCUGACUUCGAAAUGCCCUUCCUUAAAAAUGUAACGAAAAAAAAUAUUGCCAUGGGAGAUGACGAUGAUUAAAUAUCAAUAUUAUUUAUAGAAAUUGAAAUUUUAUAUGGCUGUGUGGUUUCUAUUUUGACACAAACUUGCAAUAGAAACAAUAUCAAAAGAACCAUUAAACUGUAUUUGAGAUAAAGAUAACGUUUGUUAAAAUUUGUACAAAUUCUAUUCAUCUGUUAUUGUAUAUAUUUAACCAUUCUUAUUUACAUAAUGACAACUUAACUGCUGAUUGGUUGUGUUAGACAAUAGUGAUGUACCAUUAAUCUCUCAUACUGUAUAUAUAAACAGAGCUGCUAGUCAGCUGAAAUAUUGUUAAGGUAUACUAAAGUAUUGCUGUUAGUAUACUCUCCUCCGUAAAUAUUUUUAGGAGUAUAGCUGUUGACUUGCUGUCUUCUAUAAAUAUUAUGCUGCCUUCAGCAAACAUUUUCUGGAGUAUAGCUGUUAGUAUGCUGUCUUCUGUCAAUAUUUUUGGAAUACACUGAUAGCUACUAUUUUGCUAUAUUCUGUAAAUAUUAUCUGGAGUAGUGUGCAAGUGUAAUGAGCUGUAUAUAUUGUACAUAGCCCGAGUACAUCAAUCAUGCGUUGCUUUGUGUAUGAGAUGCUGGUUCUCAGUACGAGUGCCUGUAACUGUAAUAAUGCUGUGAUAAGUUACACAAUUCUCCAGAUUCAUUGUUUGAAACUGCUGACAAAAAAAAAUCAAUCAUCUUAAAGCUGUUAUUUGCCUUAAUUUUGCAAUAAAUAAAAAGAUUUAUUUUAAAGCCUCUUAUGAAACCAUAUGUUAUUAUGAUAAUUACACGAAAGGUUGAUGUAUCGGUACAAGCUCUGGACCUCGAGUGACCUUGAGUGACCUGAGUGACCUUGAGUGGCCUAAGUGACCUUGAGUGCUGUUAUAUGUUAUUUGUUGAUAACCUUUUCACUUACAAUGUAUGGAUGGGUGUUACAUUAAAACUUGAGAUGGUAAGAGCUGUGAAACCUGCCUUAUGUAAAUCAUGUUGGGAAAUUUAAGGAGCUUUAAAAGCUUCCAUCAUAUAAUUUCUCAACAUAUAUGAACUUGUUUUUCUAUAAUUGUUAUCCUGCCAUUGUAAAUGUACAUGUACUUUUGACAUAACUUUCACAUUUGAAAAUUGCAUGUGAUUUUUUUUUAUGAAAAGCAAAACAAGAAUUUUCUAUGUGACACAGUGUUUACAGUUCAUAAGGAAUUUGGAAAAUUACGAAUGGUUUGGUAACUUUAGAAUAUCAACUAAUUUGAUAUACAAAGGCCUAUGAAAUCUAGUACAGUACAUAGACAUUUAGAAAGGUUAUUUAUAUCAAAGGUACAUACUAGAUAUGUAUACAAAGUAUCUGUCAUCUUUAUAAAACUAUCGUAUGAAUAUUACCUACGAUUCUACACCCUGUAGUUGGGAGGUAGUAACGUGACAGUACUGGGAGGACCUUUAACUUUAAACCUAUUAACUGCUGAAAGGAUCAGGCAGGUGCCUUCUGAUUAAGAUUUCAAUAUAUAGAUAUAUAUCUGUAUAGUUGAGGUUUAAAGUGUUUUGUUGGAAAAAAUGCCUUAAGUCUAAUGUAUUUUAAGAUUAAAAAAAUAAUAUUUAUUUUUUGUUUAUUUUCUUUAAAGAUUGAAUAGAUUGAUCAGUUUUAUUUUUAUAUCAACAAUAUGUCAGUGGAUAGAACAAUAUGGUGGAGCAUUAUACAGAAAGCCUUUCUCUUUAACUUUUGCACAUUUGUGUGCUGAAAACAAAUAUUUCUGUUUGUUAAGUUUUAAAAUGAAACAUGUAUUUGUAUAUGCACUUCUCAAUUCUUGCAUGCAGUGGUUGCUCAUUCUCAGAGAAAAUUGAUAAAAUAUUGAUUUUAUGUAUGAUAAGUUACCUGUUAUUAAUGUAAACAAGCUGGAAUGUCUGUGAUCAUUUCUAUGUAUGAUGUAUUUAAAACUUUUUUCUUAAAUACAUUUAGUUUAUAACCUUGAUAUCUGAUGCCAAUAAAUGACUUUAAACACUUU